GGGCUUCACUCCGGCUGGCGCUGCUGCCUCGCGCGCUCCUGCUCUGCCGCCACGGUCCCGGGGGCUGCUCGUCCCAAGUACCAUGUGUGACGGCGCCCUGCUGCCUCCCCUGGUCCUACCCUUGCUGCUGCUGCUGUUUUGGGGUCUGGAUCCCGGCACAGCUGUAGGCGACGCGGCGGCCGACGUGGAGGUGGUGCUCCCGUGGCGGGUGCGCCCCAGCGACGUGCACCUGCCGCCACUGCCAGGAGCUCCGGGGCCCCGACGGCGGCGGCGUCCUCGCGCACCCCCAGCCGCCCCGCGCGCCCGGCCAGGAGAACGCGCCCUGUUGCUGCACCUGCCGGCCUUCGGGCGCGACCUGUACCUGCAGUUGCGUCGCGACCUGCGCUUUCUGUCCAGCGGCUUCGAGGUGGAGGAGGCCGGUGCAGACCGGCAGAGCGGACGCCCAGCGGAACUGUGCUUCUACUCUGGCCGCGUACUCGGCCACCCAGGCUCCCUGGUCUCGCUCAGCGCUUGUGGCGCCGCCGGCGGCCUGGUCGGCCUCAUCCAGCUUGGACAGGAGCAGGUGCUAAUCCAGCCUCUCAGCAAUUCCAGUGGUCCCUUCAGUGGACGAGAGCAUGUGAUCAGACGCAAAUGGACCUUGACACCCAGCCCAACUGCCGAGGCCCAGGUACCUGGGCAGUUCUGCAAGGUUCUAACAGAAAAGAAGAAGCCCAGAAAGGGCAGGCUGUCUCGGGACUGGCGGGAGCGGAGGAACGCUAUACGGCUUACCAACGAGCACACGGUGGAGACCCUGGUGGUGGCUGAUGCUGACAUGGUGCAGUACCACGGGGCAGAGGCUGCCCAGAGGUUCAUCCUCACUGUCAUGAACAUGGUAUACAAUAUGUUUCAGCACCAGAGUCUCGGAAUUAAAAUCAACAUUCAAGUUACCAAGCUUGUCCUCCUACGACAACGUCCUGCCAAAUUGUCCAUUGGGCACCAUGGUGAGCGGUCCCUGGAGAGCUUCUGUCAUUGGCAGAAUGAGGAAUAUGGAGGUGCGCGGUACCUCGGUAACAAUCAGGUUCCAGGAGGGAAGGACGAUACACCCCCUGUGGAUGCUGCUGUAUUUGUGACCAGGACAGAUUUCUGCGUUCACAAAGAUGAGCCGUGCGACACUGUUGGAAUUGCUUACUUAGGAGGUGUGUGCAGUGCUAAGAGGAAAUGUGUGCUUGCCGAAGACAAUGGUCUCAAUUUGGCCUUUACCAUCGCUCAUGAGCUGGGCCACAACUUGGGGAUGAACCAUGACGAUGACCACUCAUCCUGUGCUGGCCGGUCCCACAUCAUGUCGGGCGAGUGGGUAAAAGGCCGGAACCCCAGUGACCUCUCUUGGUCCUCCUGCAGUCGAGAUGACCUUGAAAACUUCCUCAAGUCCAAAGUCAGUACCUGUUUGCUGGUCACAGACCCCAGGAGCCAGCAUGCAGUGCGCCUCCCUCACAAGCUGCCAGGCAUGCACUACAGCGCCAAUGAGCAGUGCCAGAUCCUGUUCGGCACCAAUGCCACCUUCUGCAAAAACAUGGAGCAUCUGAUGUGCGCUGGACUGUGGUGCCUGGUAGAAGGAGAUACGUCCUGCAAGACCAAGCUGGAUCCUCCCCUGGAUGGCACCGAGUGUGGGGCAGACAAGUGGUGCCGUGCUGGGGAGUGUGUGAGCAAGACGCCCAUCCCGGAGCAUGUAGAUGGAGACUGGAGCCUGUGGGGUUCCUGGAGCAUGUGCAGCAGGACAUGUGGGACAGGAGCGCGGUUCCGGCAGAGGAAAUGCGACAACCCGCCCCCUGGACCUGGAGGCACACACUGCCUGGGUGCCAGUGUGGAGCAUGCCGUCUGCGAGAGUCUGCCCUGUCCCAAGGGUCUGCCCAGCUUCCGAGACCAACAGUGCCAAGCACACGACCGACUCAGCAGCAAGAAGAAGGGCCUGUUGGCAGCAGUGGUGGUUGAUGAUAAGCCAUGUGAGCUCUACUGCUCACCCCUUGGGAAGGAGUCCCCGCUGCUGGUGGCUGACAGGGUCCUGGAUGGCACUCCCUGUGGACCUUACGAAACUGACCUCUGCGUGCACGGCAGGUGCCAGAAAAUCGGUUGUGAUGGCAUCAUCGGGUCUGCAGCCAAAGAGGACAGGUGUGGUGUCUGCAAUGGGGAUGGCAAGACCUGUCGCGUGGUAAAGGGUGACUUCAGCCACUCUCGGGGGACAGUCAAGAACCAUCUUUGUAAGAAGAUGUCCACGUGUGUGAUGGCAAAGGCGGUUCCCAAGUGUUUCUCAUGUUAUAUCGAAGCUGCCGUCAUUCCUGCUGGAGCUCGGAGGAUCCGGGUGGUGGAAGAUAAACCUGCUCACAGUUUUCUGGCUCUCAAAGACUCCAGUAAGAGAUCCAUCAACAGUGACUGGAAGAUAGAGCUCCCUGGAGAGUUCCAGAUUGCUGGCACGACUGUCCGCUAUGUGAGAAGGGGCCUGUGGGAGAAGAUUUCUGCCAAGGGACCAACCAAAUUACCGCUGCAUUUGAUGGUGCUGUUAUUUCAUGACCAGAAUUAUGGAAUUCAUUACGAAUACACCAUUCCUGUAAACUACACCGCUGAAAAUCAAAGUGAACCAGCAAAGCCACAGGACGCUUUGUUCAUCUGGACCCACAGCGGCUGGGAAGGGUGCAGCGUGCAGUGUGGAGGAGGGGAACGCAGAACCAUCGUGUCAUGCACACGAAUAGUUAAUAAGACCACGACUCUGGUGAAUGACAGUGACUGCCCUCAAGCCAGCCGCCCUGAGCCCCAGGUCCGAAGGUGCAAUACACACCCAUGCCAAUCACGGUGGGUGGCAGGCCCAUGGAGCCCCUGCUCAGCCACCUGUGAGAAGGGCAUCCAGCAUCGGGAGGUGACCUGUGUAUUCCAGCUACAGAAUGGCACACAUGUCACCACACGGCCCCUCUACUGCCCAAGCCCCCGACCAACACCAGUGCAGAGCUGCGAAGGCCAGGACUGCCUGUCCAUCUGGGAGGCAUCAGAGUGGUCACAGUGCUCUGCCAACUGUGGUAAAGGGACGCGGAAGCGAACUGUGACGUGCACCAACUCACAAGGGAAAUGCGAUGCAUCCACAAGGCCGAAAGCCGAGGAGGCAUGUGAGGACUACUCAGGCUGCUAUGAGUGGAAGACGGGGGACUGGUCUAAGUGCUCAUCCACCUGCGGGAAGGGGCUGCAGUCCCGCGUGGUACAGUGCAUGCACAAGGUCACCGGGCGCCAUGGCAGUGAGUGCCCCACUCUCUCGAAGCCGGCAGCCUACAGACAGUGCCACCAGGAGGUCUGCAAUGACAAGAUCAACGUGAACACCAUCACCUCCCCUCGUCUUGCUGCUCUGACAUACAAAUGCACACGGGACCAGUGGACGGUGUAUUGCCGGGUCAUCCGAGAAAAGAACCUCUGCCAGGACAUGCGGUGGUACCAGCGCUGCUGCCAGACAUGUAGAGAUUUCUACGCGAACAAGAUGCGCCAGCCGCCUUCUCCGCCAAGCUCAUGACACACGGCUCAGCAGUUGCUCAGCACUCACACUCGAGGUCCGAAGCCUGGCAUUUGAAUGAGUGAAAUGCCCACCUUCCCAAAAGCAAACCAGCCCCAUGGCCAGGACUCCCUGAAGCACACCUUGGCUCCCCCAACAAGGCCACCCCAAAAAUUCAGUUGCAUAGAACUUAAGAGUGGACUUGACAUUGCCAUUAGUGCUUUUGUUUAAUAUAUUAUUAACAGCCACUGGAUGGCUUUCUACAGUAAGGAAAAACAAUGGGCAUGAGUCACAUAAUUAUUAUUUCUAAGGUUCCGUGUACUUCAAAAGGGAACACCUCUGGCAGACAGUUGCCGAGAGAGAGACACCAUUCAUUGCUUCUGUCCUGGCUUUCUUUUGACACUGAAUACCCAAUGCCUGUUGUACUGUGGGGGUUGGGGAGGGGUACAUUCUGAAAAUGAUACACCAUACUUAGAAGAGGCUUUAUUCUGAAAGCCAACAACACGCUGUAUGGAAGGACAGACGCAGACAAACCUCUACUGGCUGAUCUGGAGCCCACAUUUCUUAAUCAACCUUCCAGAUAACACAAGGAUGGAACUUGGCCUCUCUGCCCAUCUCUGAGAACCUAUUCUCAAAACCCUGGGCCUUGCCUUGGAAGUUUUAUUCCUGAGAGUUUAACUCUGCAUAGACCAACAAGGAGGCCAGCGUACGUAGCACACUGCCCAAGUGGGGAGGACAUUCUGAAGGGCUGGGUCUGGGGAAGCAUCUACUUUUCCAAGCUCUGCUGUUCACCACGUAGGGCGACAGAAGUGCCUUUCUGCAAGGUGUGGUGAAACAGGACACAUACCAGUCGGGGCAAUGGAUUCUACUUCCUAGCAUACAGGUGGGCUCAGCACAGCUUGUCGUGUGGACUUCCCACUCCUCCGGGCGUCCACUCCAGCAGGCCCUUUGCAGAGCUUUGCACCUUUAGCUGCUGCAGCACCACCCAACAGCCCACUAGCCUUGCAUUGGACCUUGGCCUUGUAUCUGAAGUAAAGAUUACACUCAAGACCUCUGAGGAUGCAGUUCAGGCCUGGGAUCUGCAGAGUAAGGCCUAACUGCUUCCUUGGGGCGGGUUUCUCGAGCUUGGUGUGCCAUGACCAGUGGAUGCACACUGCCCAGCUGGGAUGGGCACCAGGCCUCAUGGAACCAUCAUCACCUUGCAGAAGGCCUUCUUCAUAGUCCCCUCACCCUUUGCCACAGAGCUGUUUUGUCACCCAGAAUGGCCUCUUUGAGAGCACACCUUAUGGUAGGACCCUGGCUGUCCCAGGCGGCCUGUUGUGCUCACCAACUUGGUGGCUAUGUCUCAUAGGUGCUUAUGUUGAAACUUACCUUGAGAAAGUCCCUUCUCCUCCCUGGGUUCAGACAGAGGAUCUCACUUGGGCCAAUUUCCACAGAUCAUCUUCAAGUGCUUGAUUUAUUGGUGCUGUUUUGUUUUUGUUUUUUGAUUUUUACUGUCCCCUAGCAGAGAAGUGGUAGGGAUGGCCAGAAGUAUAUUCAGUUCCACUUGAAUCAAUGAAAAGUAUGGAGAAAACUCCCUAGGUGCUUAAAUGAGAGAAUGUCAGGAUGGAUUAAGUGACCCGUCAGCCACCACUCCAGGGCCUGUGCAAAACACUGUGCUUUCCCAACUCAGGCCUGGCCACCAGCAGACUCCCCUGAGCCCAUUUCCACAAAACCUUCAAAUGCUGGGGAGCUUGAGGUGGCACUAUCUUCCCCUAGUCCAAAAUGCACUGUUAAUUCACCAAAAGACAUUUGCCUUUUGGAAUCAAGAAGCAGAACAGGGGCAACCAGCUGAGGCGGCCUCGGUGACCUUUCUUGUUCAUCCGCAGGGGCCCACCCAAGCAGACUGAGCAUGUGCUGGUACUCACUUUGCCUGGUGCCUCUGAGUCAGGCUAAAGACUCCCCUGGCAAAAGCCCCAUACCUUCAGAAUGAAAUGAUCAAUUUGGUUAUUAUUAAACACUCCGCUAAUUCCCCAGGGUCAGUGUGUUCCUGAGCCCUUGCAGCUUAUGCUGGUGCUGUCACUCUGAAAUCCACCAGCCCACCUUCGGUUUAAUGGCAUCAGCCAUGUCACCAUCAUGACAUUCUUGUUCCACUUUGUAGGAGACAAGCUCUGAGUACCAUAGUGAUGUUUCUGUGUUAACAAUACCCUGCACUAUCACUCAAGUACUGUACCUUUGUGGUGGCACAGAUGUGUUACUAACUAGAGUCUCACGGUCUCACGGUGCUAUUCUUCUUGGUGCAAAAUGAAACCCUCUCAGUUGACCAUGGCUUGAUGUGAUCAGAACAGAGGAAAAGAUCCUCUAUGGCAAUAAUAUCAUUGCUCUUUUUUUUUUCAUUUCAAAGUCAAAUGUAUAUAUUUUCCAUUAGUUAACUUACAUUACGUACUGUACCCAUGGUAUUGUUUGUUUUAUUUUUUUGGUGCUGGUUUUUGGGGAAAAAAAAGACAAACAUUGGUUGCCGUUAUACAUGAAAAAUUAAUCAUUUCAUUGGAAGCAAGUUGAACACGUGUAAUAAAAUGUUUUUCUGUAA